AUAACGUCAGUCUCAUUCGAUGCCUCGUGCAACUCGGUGAUUCAUAGCUGAUUUUUAGUGUCCAACGAAUUUGUUCAACAAGUCAUCCAUAAACGGAUGAAUCAUGUACCAUGCGUAUAAUCUCAUGACGAAGAGAAUGGCGGAUGCAAGUAAAUCCACACCAAAUCCCGCGAAUACUCCUCAUCUUGAGGUAAUAGACCGGGUGAAAAAUAUUCCGGUGGUUCAUUCGGCGAUCGAGAAAACGGGCUCUACGUAUGCUUACGUUAAAGAUUCCCAUCAUCUGAUAAAUUGGGCGUUGAGCUCUGCCGAAGCAGGAUUGCAUUAUGCAACUGCCACAGCAGUGCCGUUUACGGCCCCUCUGGCCAAGAAAUUCGAAGGACAAAUCAACGCCGUCGACCAGAAGCUAUGCGAGGGGUUAAACAUUGUCGAACAAAAAGUUCCGAUCGUGAAGAAACCACCUCAGCAGAUUUAUGAUGCCGCAAAGGCAGUAAUGAACAGCUCCUUGCAACCAACCAUCGAGAAAUUGAACACGGCAAAGGAAUCAGCUACACAACAGGCAUCUACGCUGAAGGAGAUCAGUAUAACUAAGGCGAACGAGCUUCUAAACACACAAUGCGGUAACAUGGCUGUACAAGGCAUUGACAACACCAGUGUACUUGUCAAUCGUUUAUUAGAUCAUUACUUUCCACCGGUAGAAGGAGAAGAAAAUACGCCAAAUCCAAUCUCAGCAGAUGAAAAUAAAGUGCUUCACGCGGUACAAACAAUCGGUCAAUUGUCGACAAAAACUGCUAAUCGCGUUUAUCAUUCCGUUGCUGCGCAAUUGAGGACAGUAAAAAAGGAAGACGUAGCGACAUAUAUAUCCAGCGUAGUGUCUAUUCUUCAUCUUACGCACUUUUUGAACGUUGGUCAGAAGCAAACGGAUGAAAACCAGGCAAACAGUUCAACAGAGAAAAAGGACGAAGAGAAGAAAUAAGCUCAAAGUUCGCUCAAUUUGCUUAAUUUCUAUUAUUACAAUUUAAUGUACGAUUUAUAUUCAUUCCGUAGGAUUUUCAAAUAUCUAGAGAAACAUAAAAUAACAAAUUUGCAAAUUUUUUGUUAUUCAAAAAUCUAGAAAAUGUCUUAUAUAUAACAUUUAUUUUAGAUUUUUUACCUGUUUCUUUCAAAAUGAUUUAAAAAAAAUGAUUAAAAAUGUAAAAUAUAUAUCAAAACACGAAAAAAAUUAUAUUUUUAUAGAUAUUGCGAUAUGGCAUUUUGCGACAAAUACAUUAAUUUUCUAGCUUUGUUAGCUUUUUCGAAUGCUCGUAUAUUGUAUACGUAAAUCACAUGAUUCUGUGGUCAAUAAUAAGUCAGGUAGUUGACUAAUGUUUUACUAAUAUUUUUAUGUAAAAGUUUUUAUAUUAAUGUAAAUCUCAGCGACGUGUUGCUGAUUUGGAGUUCUUCUUACAAGAAAUGAAAAUUCUUUAAUGUUA